AUGCAAAACAUCCCGACAACGGUAGCAACCGUGGGAAAAUUGAAGCCUGAAAUUCGUCUAGCCCAAGCCAUAUCGGAAUUUGGCGUUGCUCUCCAGAGCCGCGAAGAUGACGCUCACAUCCGGUUCAAGAAUCUACAGACGAGAAGUCCACCAAACGCGACGGAGGUAUUGCGAUUGACGGAGGAGAUCAACAGCGAUGGAGCUCGUCGCCAUCGCGCUUGGAAACCCUACGCUACCCGCCUUGUCAACAUUUUAGACAGAAUCCGUCAAUUUGCCCCCGUAGGCGAUGUGCUCGUUGGAGGUGCCCAGAAUCUCUUGGCUUCCGGUGUAUGGGCAACAGUCAGGAUGGCUCUCGAGGUAUCGGUCAGCUUCUUGUCUUAUUUCGACAAGGUUUCAGCCCUGCUACUAAGGAUUGGUCUUUCGAUCUCACUGCAUCAAGACUUUGUACUCCUCUUCCCGACGUGUCAGAAGACUCAGAAAUACAUUUGCGAAUACAUGAUCGUUUUCGUUCACAUCUGUAAGAAGAUCACCGUCGACGCUCAAAAGUCAUUUGCUUCCCAGAUGGCAAUGUCUAUCACUUCUUCGUUCGACGCAGUUUUCAAACCUCUGGAAGACGAACUGCGAUCAUGGGGUCAGUUGAUCGAAAACCGCGUCUCAGUUCUCGUUGCAAGAAGCAGUAUUCAAAGUCAUUCAUCUACUGUGGAAAGAUUUGGCCGCUUGCAGGUCAUGUUUUCCCAGGAUGCUGCCAAGCGCGAUAGAGAAACCCGAUCCCACCGUCUUUUUGAGGCUCUGGCCCCUGAUCAGAAGGAGUUCGAGUCCAUAUGGCGCAGAGAACGGAAAAAGGGAACCUCAAGAUGGAUAUUGAACAACAAGAGCUAUCUAGAGUGGAUGGGCACAAAGUCGUCAGCAACGUUGUGGCUACAAGGCAAUUUGGGGUCCGGAAAGACAGUCGCAUUGGCUUCUGUGGUUGCAGAUCUUGUGCUGGCACAUAAGGAAACUGAGGCUGGGAAUUUUGAGAACUCCCGCUCUUGCGCCAUUCCUGAAUAA